AGUCGUUUAGUAGUAACUAGUAGAUCUUUUUAUCACUAAUCAUUUUUGAAGGGUUUGAUAAUAGAGUCUGGGAAUGGAAUAUGCAACUAAACCAUCUUCUAGAUCUUCUUCAAAUGUAUCCGAAAUUGUCCUUAAAUUAGCCAAAGUCUGCAGAUUUAGGUCCAUUGGUGUCUUCUCCACCGAAAAUCCCAACCACCACCAAUACCCCAAGAACAACGACAGCAACAACAAUGCCUCAUUCACUGAAAACAGCAGUGAUGUGACUGAGGAGGCGGAAUGCCAAGAUGAGAAAGUUCAUCCUCAGCUUGCUGAGAUUUUAAGUGAAACUAGCGAGUGUGCCAAUGUGGAUAUGUUGAAGUUGUUUGACGCUAUCUCAGCUAUCAAAUCAGCUUAUGUUCGGCUCCAAGAAGCUCACAUUCCAUACGAUGCUGAGAAAAUCAAAGCGGCCGAUGAAUUGGUUGUGGCUCAGUUUCAAGCACUAUGCAAGAUUAAGCGUUCCUAUAAAGAAAAGCAAUUUGAAGAAGCCAAUGCAGUUUCUGUUUGUUCAGCUCUUCUGUUAGCAGAAAUUCAAGUUCACGAGAGGCUGUUGAAGAAACUGAAGUCCCAAAUCAAAGUCAAAGACGCUCAGAUACUCAACUUACAGCAAGAAUUUCAGGAUUUGGAUUUGAAGAAUAGAAAAUUUGUUCAAGAGUUCAGGCAGAGAGAAAGGGAGAAUGUGAAAGUUUUAAAUAUGUCUUCAUUUGAGGAGAUCGUCAAAGCAGCUUCAAAGGGCAUUCAUGAUUUUGCCAAGCCGUUAAUUGGCUUGUUGAAGGCUUCGGGUUGGGAUUUAGACAAGGCAGCAGACUCGAUUGAAGACUCAGUUUUGUAUUGCAAGAGGUCCCACAAGAAGUACAUAUUUGAAGCUUACGUUGCCCGGAGGAUGUUCUAUGGUAAUUCAAACCAAUUCUACAAUGUUGAUGGCAUACUGAAUUUUGAUGACCCCAUUGAUUCUCUAAUCAGAGAACCAGAUUCGAGUUUUGCCAAAUUUUGCAGAACGAAGUACCUAUUAGUAGUUCAUCCAAAGAUGGAAGCAUCGUUCUUUGGGAAUUUGGAUCAUAGGAUGUUUGUGUCUAGUGGAAGGCAUCCCAGGACACCCUUCUACCAAGCCUUCGUCAAAAUGGCCAGGUGGAUUUGGGUUCUACAAGGGAUUGCAGCCUCAUUUAAUCCCAAAGCUGAAAUGUUUGGAGUCAAGCGAGGAAGCAAAUUCUCAGAUGUUUACAUGGACUGUGUAGACGAUCCUAAAGAAGACAUGGUUGUUUUUGACGAAGGAAGAGCAAAAUUGAAAGUUGAGUUUAUGGUCAUGCCUGGAUUUAGAUUCGGAAAUACAUUGGUCAGGUCUCUGGUUUAUCUCUCCAAAAUGAGAUCCUCUGACAGUUAAUGGUAGGAGGACGAGCUCUUACGUACUAACUGGUAUUUUAACAAAACCUAAUCCUUUUUGUUAUGGAUUUGUCCACUGCUCUAAAUGUUGAAUGUGGGAUGUUGAUUCACUUUUUGCCCCAAAUAUUGGAGUUCGUGUCUUUGAUAAGUAGAACUACUUUACUUUCGGGAUUGAACCCACAAGUUCAAUGCUUGUACUUUUUGGGGAAUGUCUUUUAAAUUUCUCACUUAUGAAGUG